UUUAACAUUUUAAUUGUCAUUGUCAAACUAAAAUUGAGUUUUUUUAUUUUUAUUUUUUUUUAAGUACUACCUCAAGUUAUCUGCAACAUUUACCAAAAAAGGGUGUUACCUAUUAUUUGCAACAAAACUAUUUCUUUCCUAAUAUAGUAACUUUUUCUGGUAAAGUGACCAAAAUACCCUCAUUUAAAAUUUUUUAACCCAUAUUAUCAUACAUAAUUACAAAUUAUUAUGACCCUAAUUUAACUUAAUCAUCUAAGCUUUUUUUCCCAAAAAAAACAAAUUAAUCCUAAUUUCAUCUCUCCACCAUCUCUCUCCUCCAUUUUCAUCUCCAUUUCAUCAUCAUCUCUCAUCUUCUUCGACCUUCUGAUCAGUCCUUCAUCUCUUAUCUCUCAUCUUCUUCCUUCUUCCUUCUUCCUUCUUUAUCUCUCAUCUUCUUCUCCAUCGUCAUCUCUGUUAUCUCAGUCCGUGGGUGGAUGGUAGUGGUUUGUGGGUGGAUGUUGGUGGUUUGUGGGUGGGUUCCGUAGAUCCGGUGGUAGUUGUUGUUUGUGGGUGGUUUUUGUGGUUCGUGGGUGGGUUUCGGUGAUUCUUGGGUGGAUUUCGGUGGUUUGUGGGUGGCGGUUUGGUGAUUCUUGGGUGGAUUUCGGUGGUUUGUGGGUCGAUUUCGGUGGUUGUGGGUGGCGUUUCUUCGGUUUUGGGUGGAUUUGCUGGGUUUUGGCUAGGUUCGUUGGUGGUUUUCUUGGUUUUGGUUGGGUUCGUGGGUGGUUUAUUGGGUUUGUGGUCGGGUUUCGGUGGUUUUUGCUGGGUUCGUGGUUGGAUGUCGGUGGUGGUUUUGGGUUCAAAACUUCAAACUGUGGGUGGGUUUGGUUGUUCCGGUGGUUGUCGGUGGUUUUGGGUUUAGUGGUUCCAGGUGUCGGUGGUUAUGGGUUUUUGUUUUUUUUUUUUAUUAAUACUUAACCAAGUGCCCUUAUUUUUCAUUAAUCAUACUUUAAAAGUUUUGCCUAGGAGUCCGUGCUACCCCCUUUGUUGCAGAUAACUGUUAAUGGAGGCUGUAGGAAAGCUUCUGCCGCCGUCAGCGCCGCCGCUUCUUCUGAAGAAACCCACCAACUUCUUCUCUCUCCUCUUCCAACAUCAAACUGCCAACCUCCCUCUUUUUCCAGAAUCGCUCCCCAAUUACUCUUCAUUAUCAUUAUCUUCCUCAUUUUCGGGUCGAACUGGGUUUUGCUUAUUUGCCCAAAAUAAGGAAAAAAAUCCAAACUUGGAUGCUACCCAAUUGGUGGAGAAUGAUGGAGAAAUUGAAGAUGAAGAUGGGUUUGAUUUUGAUGAGGAUGAUGUUUUUGAUGAUGAGGAAGAAGAAGAGGAUGAAUUUGAUGAUGAUGAUGAAUUGAUGGUUACUUAUGACAAGAUGAAUGAAUGGCUUGAGAAUAGACCAAGAGGGUUUGGUGAAGGGAAAGUGUAUGAUACUUCAGUUGAAGAUAAGUUACUAGAAGAAAUUGAGCAAAGUUUCAAAGCUCAGUUAUCUAACAUUACCAAGCUUAAGAAUGAGGGCAAGAAGCCUAAACCCAAGAAUGACCCCCCGGAGGUGUUGUUCAAUGCUUCUGAAGGUGUUCCUGGCGGGAUCCGUGUUCGUAUCAGCAACCUUCCUAAGAAAAGGAAUAUUCACAGAGAUCUAAAGUCAGCCUUUGAAGGAGUUUCUGGAAUUAUUAAAAUAUCACCGGUGAACUCUGGAAACAAAAAGACAAGGGAUCCUGUCUGCAAAGGCCUUGCCUAUGUGGAUUUUAAGAGUCUGGCGGAUGCAAACAGGUUCAUUCAGAUGUUCUCAGGCCAAAACAUAUCUUUUGGUAAGUCUGAGAAGCCUAUAAAGUGUGAAAUUUUGAAGCCGCUUGAUGGCAGUUAUGAAGGGUCAUCAGAUGAUGGAUACAACAGCACUUCUGAAGGAAACUUCCUUGCCUCGGAGGAGGAAGAAGAUGAAGAUGUUGAUGUUGAGCAAAUUGAAACAGCGUUGCAAUUUAGGGAGGAUGAUGAUUAUGUGUAUGAAGAAUUAGUUAAAAGCAUCAAGGCCCUUGACAGCCAAAAUGUUUUAGGGGACUUGCUCCAAUUAAGUGCUAGCGAACGCUUAAAACAAGUAGAAAUGCUAGAAGCAAAAUUGUUGGCACGUGCUUCGUUAAAUGAAGUGAAGUCACCUAAAAAGAAGUCAGAGGUUAAAAAAAAGCCAGACAAGAAGCCUAACCAAAAGUCAGAUAAGGAUCCGAACCUAAAGCUAGAGAAGAAGCCAAAACAACGUAUCCCAGGAUCUGCAAAGAAGUUGAAAGUCAAAGAGAAGGCUAAACUUGCAGACGUUUUUGCUAGAUAUGGAACGAGAGGUGCCUCAGCUUCAAAAGAAAAGUAAUCUGGAUUAUGUAAAUUGUAGAAUGUUGUCAAGUGUCAGUUUGUCAAUGUUGGGUUAUCUUUGUCUAGGGGCAUUUCCUAUGUUUUACCUCUAUAUGGAAAUUUUUCAAUGCUUCUGGUCUUCCUCUAAUUUACUAAAUAUGGAAUGAGAAGGCUACACUUGCAAACGUUUUUGCUAGAUACGGACGAGAGGAGCCUCUGCUUCAUAAGAAAAUUAAUCCGAAUUUAUGUAAA